AAUUGAGUAUUUUAAUCGUAAAAUGUAUUAAGUAUAUUUUGGAAUCUUUCAUCGUGAGAUAAGACCUGUGUUUGUUGUGUGGGUAGAUGGAGAGGGUGGAGACGGACCUAAACAAAUCUAAACAGGCGCGAGAGAGACAGGCCCGCGAGUUCAACAAACAGUUGGAGGAUGAACGAGCCCAGCACGAACGACAGAUGGUGGAGCUGAAGUUGACCCUGGAACAUGACAAGGCUCAGAUGUUACAAGACUUCCACAAACAGAAGGAGAUGGUCCUGUCACAGCACGAGAAAGACUUCCAGGAUCUCAAGGAAAACCACCAGUCUGAACUCUACGACCUUGACACAAGGAUGCGGGAACGCACAGACCGUGACGCCAAG